AUGAAAGUUUUCAUCACCGGCGCCGCAGGCUUCGUCGGUCGAGCCGUGACGACCGAACUUAUCUCUCAUGGCCAUACCGUCGUCGGCCUCUGUCGCAGCGAGACGUCCGCCUCGACAGUCAAAGCUCUCGGCGCAGAAAUCCAUUGGGGCGACAUCGAAGACCUUCCCAGCCUCACGCGGGCCCUCGCACCAGAGCACAAAGUAGAUGGAGUCGUCCACCUCGCCUUCACAAUGGACUUCUCCGACUUCCCGCGCGCCUGCUCUAUCGACCGCACCGCGAUCCAAACGAUGGCUGAGGCGUUGAAGGGGAGCGGGAAACCGCUCGUGAUGACGAGCGGGACGCUGCUACUUCCUGAUCGUGCCGACGGCGUAGACGAGGCGACGGAGGUAGACAGAGAGGGAUUCCUAGCUGUGCGCGCGCAGUCCGAGGAUCUGAUUAAGAAUCUCAGUAGCGAGCUGGGCGUGAGAGGGUGUGUAGUCCGCUUGGCGCCUGUAGUGCAUGGAGAGGAGGAUAAGGGGUUCGUGCCCAUGCUAGGGGAUCUUGCAAGGAAGAAUGGGUUCGUGGCGUAUCUGAAUUCGGGAGGGCCAUAUCGAUGGCCUGCUGUUCAUCGUCGGGAUGCUGCGGCGCUUUUCCGUCUCGUCCUGGAGAAAGGGAAACCUGGGAAGGUGUAUCAUGGUGUUGCGGAGGAGGGGGUGGAUUUGAAGGGUUUGAUGGAGGGAAUUGGGAAGAGGAUGGGGUUGCCGCUGGAGGGGAAGUCGCAGGAGGAGAUUGGGCGGUUGUUGGGGUUCUUUGCGGGUCUUGUUGGGAGGGAUAAUUUUGUGAGGAGUACGAAGACGAGGGAGGAAUUGGGGUGGAUGGCGGGAAGGGAAGGGCUCUUGGAGGACAUUGAGAGGAAUUAUUUCCAGUGA